AUGACCACCAAAUACUUGGGAGAGUACGGCGCCACCGUCGUGCGCGUUGAGUCGGCCAAGCGUCCCGGCACCCUGCGGUCCGCCGCGCCCUUUCGCGACGGUAUCGUUGGCAUAAAUCGCAGCGGCUACUUCGCCAGCUACAACGCCAACAAGAUGGGCAUCACCGUUGACAUGCGCCAUGCGCGGGCCCGUGAACUGAUGCUGCGCCUCGUUUGCUGGGCCAACAUCGUCACCGAGAACUUUACUCCUGGCACCAUGGAAGGCUGGGGCCUGGGAUUCAAGGAACUGAGCGAAAUCAAUCCUGCCCUCGUAAUGUUCAGUGCGUCCAUGAUGGGACGCGGCGGGCCAAUGGAGCGGCAGCCUGGCUUCGGUCCUGUCCUUUCCUCCCUCGUCGGUUUGACCAACGUCACCGGCUGGCCCGAUCGCACACCGGUCAACCCCUACGGCGCCUAUACCGACUUCAUUGUCCCCAAGUUCGCCGUCGCCGCCAUAUUUAGCUGCUCUCGACCGCAGCCGACGCACCGGUGA